AUGUCCUUCUAUCAGUACAAGGAUACCAUCGAGGAAGGCGACUUGGUGUUUGCCUUUAUCAGCCGAGGCACCAUCAAACCUAUAGUUAUCACCAGAGAUCAGCAGUUGAACACUAGAUAUGGUCAUUACGAACACAACGACAUGAUAGGCAUGAAAUACGGACAACAGAUGGCAGGAGCCCGUGGAUAUGGUUUUAUUCACUUGUUACAUCCCACUCCGGAAAUGUGGACUCUUUCUUUGCCACACAGAACCCAAAUCGUGUACACUCUGGAUUCGUCAUAUAUUAUGCAAAGAUUGAACGUUGUAGCUGGAACAAGAGUCAUUGAGGCUGGGACCGGUUCAGCUUCGUUCACCCAUUCAUUUGCCAGGACUGUAGCUGCUGAAGGGCGACUUUUCACUUAUGAGUUCCACGAGCCUCGUUACAACGAAGCUAAACGAGAAUUGGAAGAGCACAAUAUGACUGGGAACACCUUGAUAACCCAUAGAGAUGUGUGUAAUGACGGAUUUGAGUUAGACAAUAUUCCUGAGAAUUUCCAGCACGAUGGAGGUAUCAACGGCGAUGUGAUUUUCCUCGACUUGCCCUCGCCAUGGACUGCCAUUCCUCAUCUCAACUCAGUAAUUUCACAGACAUCUCGUGUAGGCAUCUGCUGUUUCUCUCCAUGUAUAGAGCAGGUUGACAAAACAGUCAAGGCCUUGCAAGAUGAGGGCUGGACCGAAAUCGAGAUGGUGGAAGUGGCUGGAAGAAGAUGGGAAGCCAGAAAGGAUAUGGUCAAAGACAUCAAAGAUGUAGUUAAGAGAUUGAAGGAUAUCCAGUCAAGAAAAAACCAAGGCAUAGAAAACAGAAGACACGCCAAAGUCAAAUCGGGCGAGAAGAGAGAUCAUGAUCAAGUGGAUAGCGGUGACAAUGGGAGCGACUCUGACAAGAAGUUUCAGAACUUGGGCAAAGGCUUCAAUCCAUUUGGAAAGGGGAUCCGUGUCAGAGAAGGAGAUGAUGGGUUUGAGUGGAGAAACGUCACCAAGGUCGAGGGUGAGGUCAAGAGCCAUACGUCGUACUUGACGUUCGCAUAUAAGAUUCCUGUUCCUUCUUAGGAUCAAAGCAUAAUGUAUAAUAGAUAUAAAAGAGAGAGAGGAGAGAAAAUAGUCGAGAAAAUCAAGAAAAGUCGAGACUAAAAAUUUGUUUGACAAACUGGUUAUAGAAGUUGUUUCAAACCGUUAUAGAUAAUCUUUUGAAUUUGGUAAUGAUAAUUGGUUACAGCUGG